AUGCCUCUGUCCCACGUCCUCCUGACCCGCACUCCGUCCUCACUCCUCCCCCUUCCAUUCCCUUCAGCACGUGGGGCGAGGGGGCAGCGCGGCGGGGCAGCAAGAGGACUUCUCUGCUUAAUCCCCCCCUUCCAUUCCCUUGAGGUCUACUCGUGGGGCGAGGAGGGCGACGGGGCAGCGCGCGCGCAUCAAGAGGCGUCCCUCUGGUUAACCCCCCCCUUCCAUUCCCUUCAGCAUGGCGGGCAGCGUGGAGACGACACGGCGGGCGGCACGGACGGAGGUGAGGUGCUGUUCCAUCGCUGCAGUGGGGUCUACUCGUGGGGCGAGGAGGGCGACGGGGCAGCGCGCGCGCAUCAAGAGGCGUCCCUCUGGUUAACCCCCCCCUUCCAUUCCCUUCAGCAUGGCGGGCAGCGUGGAGACGACACGGCGGGCGGCACGGACGGAGGUGAGGUGCUGCUCCAUCGCUGCAGUGGGGUCUACUCGUGGGGCGAGGAGGGCGACGGGGCAGCGCGCGCGCAUCAAGAGGCGUCCCUCUGGUUAACCCCCCCCUUCCAUUCCCUUCAGCAUGGCGGGCAGCGUGGAGACGACACGGCGGGCGGCACGGACGGAGGUGAGGUGCUGCUCCAUCGCUGCAGCGGGGUCUACUCGUGGGGCGAGGAGGGCGACGGGGCAGCGCGCGCGCAUCGAGAGGCGUCCCUCUGGUUAACCCCCCCCUUCCAUUCCCUUCAGCAUGGCGGGCAGCGUGGAGACGACACGGCGGGCGGCACGGACGGAGGUGAGGUGCUGCUCCAUCGCUGCAGCGGGGUCUACUCGUGGGGCGAGGAGGGCGACAGGGCAGCGCGCGCGCAUCAAGAGGCGUCCCUCUGGUUAACCCCCCCCUUCCAUUCCCUUCAGCAUGGCGGGCAGCGUGGAGACGACACGGCGGGCGGCACGGACGGAGGUGAGGUGCUGCUCCAUCGCUGCAGCGGGGUCUACUCGUGGGGCGAGGAGGGCGACGGGGCAGCGCGCGCGCAUCGAGAGGCGUCCCUCUGGUUAACCCCCCCCUUCCAUUCCCUUCAGCAUGGCGGGCAGCGUGGAGACGACACGGCGGGCGGCACGGACGGAGGACCCGAAGACCGCCCCCGACUGCGGCAUAGGUGUUGUGCGGCAGGGGUGGCUGACGGCGUUGGGUCGGACGCGGCCUGCGCCUGA